GCCGUCCACCCGCACGGCUCUCGACGCACCGCGCGCGGCCCGCCUGACUUGGCGUUCUCGGCACGAGUGGCGGGCGCGUCGCCCUCGGGUUUAUAGCUUCCCCCUCCGCAACUGCCGCUGCCUCCCCUACUCCUCCGUUCCUUCGUCUCGUCGCGUUUCCGUCUCUAAAUUCCUUGCUUCUCUCCACGCUACGCUAUCCGGAACCUUCCGGAAGGUUGCUUUGCCACCCUCCCUUCCGUUCCGUCCAACGGUGUCGUCGGGACAGAUCUGCGCUGUCGGCGGCGGCGACGGCGCCAUGGGCGAGCAGGCCGCGGCCGUUUCCUCCUGCGAGACGCCUGCUCCGGCGGAGGUGGGGACAGGGGUCGGGCAGAGGUCGCUGCCCACGCCGUUCUUGAACAAGACGUACCAGCUGGUGGAUGACCCGGCGGUCGACGAUGUCAUCUCGUGGAGCGAGGACGGGUCGGCGUUCAUCGUGUGGCGCCCCGCCGAGUUCGCGCGCGACCUUCUCCCCAAGUACUUCAAGCACAAUAACUUCUCCAGCUUCGUGCGCCAGCUCAACACCUACGGAUUUAGGAAGAUUGUGCCGGACAGGUGGGAGUUCGCCAACGACUGCUUCCGUCGAGGAGAAAAGCGGCUGCUUUGUGACAUACAUCGGCGAAAGGUGACGCCGACGGUGGCGGCCACCGCCGCGGUCACGGUAGCUGCGGCGGCCGCGAUUCCGGUAGCGCUGCCGGUGGCGAAGCGACAGGGCUCGCCGGUACUUUCCGGCGACGAGCAGGUGCUGUCGUCGAGCUCGUCCCCUGAGCCCCCCUUUCUGAAUCAAUACGCGCCGUCCUACUCCGGCUCAGGCGGCGUUGCCUCCGGCGAUCUCGGGGAAGAGAACGAGCGGCUGCGGCGGGAGAACUCGCGGCUGACGCGGGAGCUCGGGCAGAUGAAGAAGCUCUGCAAUAACAUUUUCGUCCUCAUGUCCAAGUACACCCACGGCCAGCAGGCCGACGCCGCCGACGUCGGGAAUUGCUCUGGUGAGUCGGCAGAGACCACGGCGCUCCCACUUCCGCCGGUGCUCGAGCUCUUGCCUUCCUGCCCAAAUGCUCCCACGGCUGCCGAUUUGGGCGCGGAGGACGAGGAGGAGAAGAUGAGCGCUAGGCUCUUCGGCGUCUGCAUCGGGCGGAAGCGAAUGCGUCACGACGGCGAGGACCUGACGAGCCGAGGAGCGGCGGCGGAGGUGAAGCCUGAGCCGAUGGACGCGCAGCAGCCCCCCGGAAUGGACGGUCACACGCCGGAGGUGCAAGCCUGGCCCAUUUACCGGCCCAGACCCGUGUACCACCCCCUCCGCGCCUCCGACGGGUCAAACUGCUACAGCGGGAGUGACGACCACAACGGGUCCAACUCCAGGUGAGCUCAGCUCAAAAAAAGAAGAGGAUAACUACAGGUGAGCUGGGUUCAGGGUCGUGUACUGGUACCAUAGUUAAGUUAAUUAAAUGUAGUCUACUAAUCCAGCACUAAUUAAGUAGUAGCAAGUCUCAUGUACUCCAGUUUCUCCGUAAGUUUCUCUGCAAGUCCCGAGUAUUUUAUCAUCUCCAAAGUACUCGUUUUUUACAUAAAACAAGCCAGAAAAAUCAGAGCAGUGAUGACAAGUUCGCUGA